AUGGAUAAUUCUUUAGGGAAGUGCAGAUGGAUAUCGGACUAUAAGGAAGAGAUAUCAGCCCACUUCAACGACCCCCCUGCUGCGGAUCAACCUAGCGUAAACAAGCCAUCUCCGGACCAACCGGCUAAGGACAAACAAUACUGGGAAACUCCUAAGCCUAAGCCUUUCGAGUGUACGGAGCCUGGCUGCGGCUGGAAGUUUAAUAUAGAAAGACACCUCACCAACCAUACCAAUACCGUACAUAAGAACUCGGAGCUUUUCAAGUGUACGGUGCCUGGCUGCCCCAAGACAUAUAAGGAUGAACGUUCAGUCACCAGGCAUAUCAACACCGAACAUGAGAACUUGAGGUUCGAAUGUAAGGUCUGCGGCGAUAAGGUUACAACCGAAAAAAUCCUCGCCGAUCAUAUCAAGCGCACACAUGAGAAUUUGAGGCCUUUCAACUGUACGGUGCCUGGCUGCAAAAGUAAGCCAUUUGCAACGGAGAAGGAUCUUCGCGAGCAUAACCGAGGGGUACAUGGUGUGAGGGUCGAGUGCACGCUCUGCGGCCAGACAUUUGCAAGAAAGAAGCACCUCACCGGGCAUAUGGUGAGGAAACAUCCUGAGGACAAGUUGAAGUGUGAGGUGCCUGGCUGCAGAAGUAAGGCAUUUGCAACAGAGAGUGAACUUACCGAACAUACCAAGCGCAUACAUGAGAAAUACAACUGUACGGUGCCUGGCUGCGAAGAUUGUCUCGAGGAAGGUGCAUGCUUCAACCCAGAUUUCGUCACCACUUACGUCGCUGGCUGCACAGACAAAGAGUACCAAGAUCCCAUCUGCCCCCAAAAGUUUUAUGAUGCCACCGUCUGGUCCGGCCUUAUCUACUGUGACGGUGACAAAAAGUGGAUGCCGUGCAUCCAGAACAACGACUAUCCGGAUUACAUCACAAAAAACCCAGCCAAAUGCGACAAGGACAAAGUCUGUCCCAACACCGACGUCUCUCCUGCACUCUCAACCUUCACUGCCAGCGUUAUAUCCAACGUCGUCAAGCUUCCUGAGGAUCUGGACAAGAGCAGCCUCAACUGGCUCGUAUCCGACCCAUCCUCGGUAUACCACACGCCCAGCACCACUUCGACCCCAACAAUCACUUCCUCUCUGGAUUCAGCAAGCUCCCAGGCAACCUCCACGGCUGGCACGGGUUCUUCCACGUCUACUCCAUCUGCUGUCCCACCUGGACCAAUAGCAACUUCCUCGACUGAUGACUCCUCGAAUCUCAGCACCGGUGCCAUCGUGGGCAUCUCUUUAACUGGUUUUUGCGCCAUUUUGGUACUGGUUGGCCUUGCCAUCUUCUUCAUAGUCCGCCGACGAAGAGCAGAGGAUGAUCACAGCCCGUCUGGUACCGACGGGUCUGCAAACACGGCCGAUGAUGUGCUAGGAAAGGAGUCCAAGUCGCCAAUCUCGCCAGGGGGAAACUCGCAAGAUCUCCAUGCGUCCCCGAAUAUCAGUGAACUCGACCCCCAGACCGACCGUCCAUGGUCUCUGCGUUCAGAGUUACACGGAAACACGGUAUCACCCUCGGCCUUCUCUCCAGCAACCACAAGUCAUGCCUCGUUCCAGCCAUCCCCGCUGAUAUCCGAGGCUUCGGAAGGUCAGGGCUAUGCUAUGGGACAUACAUACAAACCGUACGGUGGGGAUCAUCUCCAGCACAUCAACGAGUUGCCUGGUUAG